ACUCUCGAUUAUCCAUCCCAUCUUGACCUCCCUCUCCGCGUCCUAGACGCUCCGCUGCGUCCCUGUCAUCGCCACCCGCACACACAUACGCACGAUGUCCACCGUCACCGUCACGGCGCUGCAGAGCGCCCACCCGCCAACUAUCCCCCUCUCCUUCAACUCGAACCAACCGAACACGAUCCGUUUGUACCCGUUGUCGAACUACACGUUCGGCGUAAAGGAGACCCAGCCGGAGGAGGACCCGUCGGUGAUCGCCCGCCUCAAGCGCCUCGAGGAGCACUACGCCGCCCACGGCAUGCGCCGCACCUGCGAGGGCAUCCUCGUCUGCCACGAACACAACCACCCCCACAUCCUCAUGCUCCAGAUUGCCAACGCUUUUUUCAAACUGCCCGGCGACUACCUCCGCCCCGAGGACGACGAGGUCGACGGCUUCAAGGCCCGCCUCGACGAGCGCCUCGCCCCCGUCGGCAAGCUCGGCGAGGGCGAGGAACCCGGCAAUUGGCAGGUCGGCGAGUGCCUCGCCCAGUGGUGGCGUCCCAACUUCGAGACCUUCAUGUACCCCUUCAUCCCCGCCCAUGUCACUCGACCAAAGGAAUGCAAGAAGCUUUACUUUAUCGAGCUACCACAGAGCAAGGUACUCAGCGUGCCCAAGAACAUGAAAUUACUCGCCGUCCCUCUCUUCGAACUCUACGACAACACGGCCCGAUACGGACCCCAGCUCUCUGCCAUUCCGCAUCUUCUCAGCCGGUAUAACUUCGAGUUCGUCAACGAGAACGGCGAAGUAGUCGCCGCUACCCCAGGAUCGGGACCGGAUGCAUUCGAUCUGAAGACCAAGGUCCUCGCGGGCGGCGAUGAGGAUAUGAAUGACGUGAAGGAGGAGAAUGGCACGAGCUAAUUCCGACUUCGCCAGCGCUACGAACCGGGAGCCUACGCGAAUAGGCUUUAAUACCACGGCGGCGAUCGAAUAUGCACACCUCGUCACUACGCGCUUAUGACAUCGCUGACUCACACAACAACAAGCACGAUAUGAAGCCACAGGGCGGGGGUAUAUUCAAACGAGGCACGAUACUAUCGCGCCUCCUCGAUGACCCUUGAUGUUCCCACAUCGUC